AACUCUUCUCCACAAAAUUUUAACCAAAUGAAAAGAGGAUGAACGAGACGGCAUGGUUGGAUAGGGUAUUCUCAAAUACGUCACUGGGACAUCGAUUGCUGGAUAGACUAACUCUCACGAAUCUUCGUCACGCAUUCUACCUUAUCUCACCUUACGAGACCACCGUCGAGUCGAUUGAUGAUGUUCCGAACUAUAACGCUGAAGUUUCUGCGUGGUGGCUGGUGUUUCUUACUGCCGAGUUUUUCAUUUUAUUCAUUUCCGGACAUGAAGACAGAUUUGCACUCAAUGAUUCAAUAACGUCAAUUUGUGCUGGAAUGCUCAGCCAAUGCUUCAAAUUUGGUGGUCGAGCUGUCGCGAUAUUCUUGUACGUGAUUGUGUGGGAUAACUGGCGAAUAUUAGAACUUCCAUGGGAUUCCCCGUGGACAUGGAUUUUUUGCCUGUUCUUUCAAGAUUUUAUGUAUUAUCUGGGGCAUCGGGCUGUGCAUGAAGCCGGCUUCUUCUGGGGUCUUCACACAAUUCACCAUAGCUCCGAAUACUACAAUUUCUCAACUGCUCUACGACAAGCUGCCAUACAAGAUGCUGGAUUAGCGAUCUAUGACUGUAUUCAGGCAUUCUUCAUCCCUCCAUCAAUAUUUUUAGUUCAUCGAUAUUUUUCGGAGAUUUUCCAAUUUAUCAUGCAUACCUCGUUGGUGGACACCAUGGGACCCCUUGGCUUAGUAUUCAACACUCCGUCUCAUCAUCGAGUACAUCAUGGAAGAAAUCCGUAUUGUAUUGACAAGAAUUAUGGAGGAGUUUUCAUUAUUUGGGAUAAGAUGUUCAACACAUUUGAAGCCGAACGUCACGAUGACCCACCAAUCUAUGGAUUAGUUACCAACGAGAACACUUUCAAUCAAAUCUACCUCCAAUUCCAUGCUCUUUGGGACAUUUUAAUUUUCAAAGGAUUCACAAAAGAUGUGAAAGGAGAGCCCAUGUUUCCUGGAGUUGUGAACAAAUUGAAAGCAACCGUAUUCCCGCCGGGCUGGUUCCCAGGGGUUCCUGUCACCCCGUUCUUUCAUUGGAUGAGCAUGGUUAAUCCAGCUCACGGAGUACCUGAGCCAGAGAAACCUGUUCUCAGAUACAGCCCACCUGCGAGGAUCCUAGUGAAAGUUUACGUGGCAUCGUCAUUCUUGUUGUUGUUGGCUAUAUUCUUCCAUUUUGAAUACGACCGGAAUCAUUUGAGCUACUUGGAUUGUACAGUCAAGAUUGCAUACUUUGUGGUUACGAUGCAAUGUUUUGGAGCAUUUUUUGAUAUGAAAUGGUAUGCCCGGUACAUUGAAAUUGCUCGUUGUUGUGGAGUUCUCAUCUAUUACGGAGUACUCAUGUUCGAUCAUAUUGGUGCAGGAACUCAUCGUCUUUUUGUCAUUUCACUGCAUAUCAUGGCUAUUGCAUUGUGGACGACUGAUGUUUUGGUGGAGAAACUCUCCCAAUGCUGCUCAAAGAAUCAAUCAAUAAAUCCAGAAAAAGGUGACCUGGAACGGGCUCCAGAAAUUGCAUCGAUCUCGAAAAAUGUUCAAUAAUAUGAUUUUUAUAGAGUUGUUGUUUCCAUUGUCUUUCCAGGCUGUCAUAUUCUAGUCACUCUUUUCCCUUUUUUGUUUGAUGGUUUUUCUUAAAUUAAAGAUUUUUUCUCUC